GAUCGAAGAAAACGUGUGAUUGAGGCAGCUAUUUGUAUUCCAAAAUCCAAAUCCAGUGUGCUCACGCGUGAAGCAUCAGCAUCGCAUGUUUUAAUUUCUGCUAUGCCUAUAUUCUAUAAAUAAUAAAUAAUAUAUAUAAGUGUGUCGGUGUGCAUCUGCGUCACCGCUGAAUCCUCGCUUUCUCUUUCCAUCUUCCGCUUCUUCUAAAUAAAAUCUUCUCUUUCUCUGUUCCAAACAAGUCCAACACACUGCUUCAAUCGCAAUCUCCUAGGCACAUUGAGAAAUGAGUUUGAGUAAUGGGAAAAUUGAGAAUGAGAAGAAGCCCUUCAAGAUCUUCGUGGGGUAUGACCAGCGUGAAGAUAUCGCCUUUCAGGUAUGUCGGCAUUCCAUCUUGAGAAGGUCUUCAAUUCCUGUUGAGAUCAUACCAAUUAAGCAGUCAGAUCUGAGAAAGAGUGGCUUGUAUUGGCGGGAGAGGGGUCAGUUUGAGAGCACUGAGUUCUCAUUCACAAGAUUCUUGACACCUUGCCUUGCCAAUUACCAAGGUUGGGCCAUGUUUGUGGAUUGUGAUUUCCUCUACUUGGCUGAUAUCAAAGAAUUGGUGGACUUGAUUGACGACAAGUAUGCCAUCAUGUGUGUUCAACAUGAUUAUGCUCCCAAGGAGACCACUAAGAUGGAUGGGGCAGUGCAAACUGUCUACCCCAGAAAGAAUUGGUCUUCAAUGGUUCUCUACAACUGUGCUCAUCCCAAGAACCGUGUGCUCACUCCUGACACUGUGAAUACUCAAACAGGUGCUUUCCUUCACAGGUUUCAAUGGCUUGAGGAUGCUGAAAUUGGAUCCAUACCCUUUGUUUGGAAUUUUCUUGAGGGGCAUAACAAGGUUGUUGAGAAUGAUCCCUCUACUCAGCCAAAGUCCAUCCAUUAUACUCGUGGAGGGCCUUGGUUUGAGGCUUGGAAAAACUGUGAAUUUGCUGAUCUGUGGCUCCAUGAAAAGGAAAAUUACCUCAAGGAAGCCAACAAAGAAUCUGCCAAUUAGGUUCAAUCAUUUUUUAAGAGUCAGUUAUGCUGGCCAUGUAUUAUUCUUGAUGUCAAUUUGGUUGUGAAAAAUCCGCAUUCGAUAUGUCCUUUAGUUGUCAGCUUUGGAAGCAGGACCACUUCCAUGGAAAAAAAAAAAAAAAGAAUUGCACCAUGCGUGUUAUGAGAGUAGGAAAUGCUCUUCAUUAAGUGUUUCAUUUUUUAUUUGUUUAAUGACCUCCCUAGGACCUUAAGGAAGCAAACAAGUACCACUCUGUAUCGAAUGUUUUUAUGAAGGCUUCAUCAUGUUGUUCACUUUUAACUUCGUUGUAGCUUCUGAAUUUGUUGUUGUUCACUAUGUAUUGAAUAUUUGGAUGAAGGCUUCAUGAGAUGAGUUCCAAUAGAGGUUGCAGCUUCUGCAUGUACGUUGUCUUGAGAUUGAGAAUGUGGAAAAUGAUGAAUUCGUUUUAA